AGCGCCAGCAGCCAGCGGGUCUGCCUGGAUAGGCAGGUUUGUGCAGAGUCUCUCCAUCCUUUCUUUUGAAUUUCCUGCUGUCAGGAUGUUUUUCUCUGGCAGGCAGUGUGGCCAUGUUGGCAGACCUGAAGAACUUUUACUGAUGUUCAAGAUAUUUCUUAUCAUCAUUUGUCUUCAUGUUGUUCUGGUUACAUCCUUGGAAGAGAAUGCCGAUAAUUCCAGUUUGUUAUCACCAUCUGUUGAAUCAUCUUUUGUUGGUUUUGUCCCCUACACCAAUGGUACUCCAGAGGUUGAAACUACAAGCCUAAAUGAUGCUACUUCAAGUGUAUUAUCCACUUUAAACAAAACAGAAAAAACUAAAAUCACUAUAGUAAAAACCUUCAAUGCAUCAGGAGUCAAACCCCAGAGAAAUAUCUGCAAUUUGUCAUCUAUUUGCAAUGACUCAGCAUUUUUUAGAGGUGAGAUAAUGUUUCCAUAUGAAGAAGGCAAUGUUACCCAGAACCAAAAUACGGUUAAUGGCACCUUCUCUGGAGUCCUGUCUCUAAGGGAAUCGAAACGAUCAGAGCUAAACAAAACCCUGCAAACCUUAAGUGAGACUUAUUUUAUAGUGUGUGCUACAGCAGAGGCCCAAAGCACAUUAAAUUGUACAUUCACAGUAAAAAUGAAUAAAACAAUGAACAUAUGUGCUGUAAUGGUUGCUUUGAAAAGAGUAAAGAUUCAACCGAUGGAGCAGUGCUGCUGUUCUGUCGGGAUCCCGUGCCCUUCCUCCCCGGAAGAGUUAGGAAAACUGCAGUGUGACCUGCAGGAUCCUGUUGUAUGUGUUGCUGGUCAUCCAGAUGGCUCACUAUUUUCUUCUAGCAAUUCCAUCCCAGUUGUUCCUCGGGCCACCAUUCUGUCCCAGGUCUCCAGUGCCAUCUCUUUUGCUGAACCUCUAAAUCAUCCACCUGUAACCCAGAGCCCUCCCUCUCCAACACGAAUGAUUCACCUUCCUUCUCCCCAGCCUUCAGCUCCCCUAGCUUCCAGCUCUGCCAUUGAUAUGCCCCCCAGUUCUGGAACUUUCUCUUCCCCUAUGCCCCAAACUGAUCUUUCGCACACACUGCCACCUGUGAAAUCCUCACUUUCCUCUCCCACCACGUCUGCCCCUGUGAAUGUCAUCAAGACCAGCACGCCUCCUGACAAGACAGAAAUUGUUUAUACCAGCAGCAUCAGUGAUUCUGAUCUUGAGAACCAAGUGUCCCAGAUGGAAAAGGCUCUGUCCUUGGGCAGCUUGGAGCCUAACCUUGCGGGAGAAAUGAUAAACCAUGUCAGCAAACUCCUUCAUUCCCCACCUGCCUUGCUGGCUCCUCUGGCCCAAAGAUUGCUAAAAAUAGUGGAUGACAUUGGCUUACAGCUGAAUUUUUCAACCAAGACCAUAACUCUAACCUCCCCUUCUUUGGCUCUGGCCGUGAUCAGAGUGAAUGCUAGUAAUUUUGACACAACCACCUUUGCUGCCCAAGACCCUGCAAAUCUUCAGGUUUCUCUGGAAACACGGGCUCCUGAGAAUAGUAUUGGUGUUAUUACUUUGCCUUCGUCACUGAUGAGUAAUUUACCAGCUAAUGAUGUGGAGCUUGCUUCCAGGGUUCAGUUCAACUUCUUUGAAACACCUGCCCUAUUUCAGGACCCUGCGCUGGAGAACCUCUCUCUGGUCAGCUACGUCAUAUCGUCCAGCGUUGCAAACCUGACUGUCAAGAACCUGACAAGAAAUGUGACGGUUACCUUAAAGCACAUCAACCCGAGCCAGGAUGACUUAACAGUGAGAUGUGUAUUUUGGGACUUGGGCAGAAAUGGUGGCAGGGGGGGCUGGUCAUCGGAUGGCUGCUCUGUUCAAGACAGGAAGCCCAAUGAAACCAUCUGUGCCUGCAGCCACCUUACAAGCUUUGGCGUCCUACUGGACCUAUCUCGAACAUCCUUGCCACCUUCUCAGAUGAUGGCUCUGACGUUUAUCACGUAUAUUGGUUGUGGGCUUUCAUCAAUUUUCCUGUCAGUUACUCUGGUAACCUACUUAGCCUUUGAAAAGAUUCGGAGGGAUUACCCUUCCAAAAUCCUCAUCCAGCUCUGUACAGCUCUGCUCCUGCUGAACCUGGUAUUCCUCCUGGAUUCGUGGAUAGCUCUGUAUGACAUGCGAGGCCUCUGCAUUUCGGUGGCUGUAUUUCUGCAUUAUUUUCUGUUGGUUUCAUUCACAUGGAUGGGCCUGGAAGCAUUCCAUAUGUACCUGGCCCUUGUGAAAGUGUUUAAUACUUAUAUCCGGAAGUACAUCCUUAAAUUCUGCAUUGUUGGUUGGGGGGUACCAGCUGUGGUCGUGACCAUCGUCCUGGCUAUAUCCCCGAAUAACUAUGGCCUUGGAUCCUAUGGGAAAUUCCCCAAUGGCUCACCUGAUGACUUUUGCUGGAUCAACAGCAAUGCUGUCUUCUAUAUUACAGUUGUGGGAUAUUUCUGUGUGAUAUUUUUGCUGAAUAUCAGCAUGUUCAUUGUGGUCCUGGUUCAGCUUUGUCGAAUUAAAAAGAAGAAACAACUGGGAGCCCAGCGGAAAACCAGUAUUCAAGACCUCAGGAGCGUUGCUGGCCUUACAUUUUUACUGGGCAUUACUUGGGGUUUUGCCUUCUUUGCCUGGGGACCAGUUAACGUCACUUUCAUGUAUCUCUUCGCAAUCUUUAACACCUUACAAGGAUUUUUCAUAUUCAUCUUUUACUGUGUAGCAAAAGAGAACGUCAGAAAACAAUGGAGGCGGUAUCUUUGUUGUGGAAAGUUACGGCUGGCUGAAAAUUCUGACUGGAGUAAAACUGCUACUAAUGGUUUAAAGAAGCAGACUGUAAACCAAGGAGUGUCCAGCUCUUCAAAUUCCUUACAGUCAAACAGUAACUCCACGCACUCCACCACGCUGCUGGUGAAUAACGAUUGCUCAGGCCUUGCGAGCGGGAAUGGGAAUGCUUCUACGGAGAAGAAUGGUGUUUCUUUCAGUGUUCAGAAUGGAGAUGUGUGCCUUCAUGAUUUCACUGGAAAGCAGCACAUGUUUACCGAGAAAGAAGAUUCGUGCAAUGGUAAAAGCCGGAUCGCUCUCAGAAGGACUUCAAAGCGGGGGAGCUUACACUUCAUUGAGCAAAUGUGAUUCCUUUUUCUAAAAUCAAAGCUUGAUGCUUGAAAGUGAAAAUGUCCAAUUUUACCUUUUACACAAUGUGAGAUGUAUGAAAAUCAACUAAUUUUAUACUCAGCAACCUCUGGAGGAACAUAUGCUAAUUGAGGGCAAUGGUUAUUGGAAGAGGAAACCCAAGACAUUAUACGUGGUUUUUAGACAUUUGCCAUUUGGUUUUUUAUCCUUCAUUUUAAAAGAAGAUUGGGUUUAAACAACACAGUAAGAAUAAAGACUCGUUUAAAAUCAAAGUAGUUCAUUUCUAGCCGCAUUUAAAGAGGCUAAGUCAUCUAUGAUGAGGUCCUAUAAAGCAGCUGUUGGCUUCAGCCUGUUGGUGAGUUUAGUUGUGCAUGCCUUUGUUGUAAAUAAGCUAAAUUCUAGGGACCCACAUGUCAAAUAUCUUCUACAUUUUUUUUGUAUUUAUUUUCUACUGUGUAAAUUAAUUUCUUUGUAGAACCGUAGUUGUGUUAUUGUGUCUAAUGUGAUAAUUCAGAAAAUCCUUGCUGGCUCAGUUAAUUCUAAAGCUCCUUUUGGAGAUUAUAUGGGUUGUGAAAUACAGAAGCUUCACUGAAAUCAAGAAGUAAUGGUGCCAGCCAGAUUGGAAAAAAUGUACGCAGACAGUGCCACAAUUAGCUCAUAGAGUGCCUUUGAGCGAGCCGGAAAAAGGUGCCCCCAAUGGGCAGACACAGCCCGAGAACUCAUGGUUUGGCAAACAGAGUGGAGGCCCUAUGUUAGCCCCACUCAUCCUCUUGGGUGUACCCUUGUGCGGGGCCCGACGUGUACAACCAUAUGCGGCAUCCAGUCCCAAUACCCAUCUCUUGACCUCAUCCCUAAUCACCAGAUUAUGGAAUCUGCACCAAGAUGUUUCGCUUAGUACGCUGGCCACGGAGAGGGAUGGAACUGUAAUCUAGACCAUCUGUCAGGAAAAUUGUGAAUGUGGAGGAGAUACAAACACUGCCACUUCUCAAAUCCCCAGAGCCUUGCCGAAAAGGGGGGUAGAGUAGGAUUCCUUUUUAAAGGAGAUGCAUAUGAGGGAAAAAAAUCAUAUUGCUGUUCUUUAAAAGGUGACUGCAUAGUACUUUCGUUGUUAUGACUGGUACACUCUGGCCCAGCCAGACUAUAAUUAUUUUUUAAAAGGUGUCAGGUCUUGAAGAAUGUAUAGUGACAAGGGGGAGGAGCUGUUGGGAACGUGAACUAUCCCACAAUGCUAUUGUUUCCAUAUAUAUCAAACCCUGAUCGCUCCUAGUUACAGAGGGCUUAUCUUGCUUCCCGCCUAAGCUGCCUGAGCAAUGCCUCAAGUGUGUCCUGAUCAGGAACCUUGCAAAACCCUGUAGUUAGGUCUUUCACUAUGGUUCCCUUGCAUAUAUUUCAAGUGAAUGUUGUAUCCCCGACUAACCACAGUAAUAAUGUAAUACACCUCUGUGAGUGCUGAUUUGCCUUCGCAAUAUUUCUUCUCUGAUCUAUUUAAUUGUCUUGUAUUUAUGAAAUUGACAAAAAUGUUAAGAUCGCCGAAAUAAAUUUGUA